GUGAAACAAAUCAAUAAACAGCGGAAAGAAAAGAAGUAGUAAAAAACACAAAGACUGUGGAAAAUAUUUGCUUGUAGUAGAGUGUAGAUAAACUUAUUGCGCCGGAUCAGAUCGCACUCGCGGACGUUACAUUUUUCUAAGAAAACAAAAGUAAAGCUCGCCACGUCAGUGGGAGUGAGCGGGCAAGAAAAACAAAGAGGCCCAAAAACCAGAAGAAGGAAGUUUGUGCAGGUGUAGGUGUCCCCCCUAAAAACACCAAAUCAUGUUUAGCAAUUUUAAGGAGCGUUUUAUAUCGGCCAUAGCGCCAGAUGUGCCUAUGCUACCCAACAUUGAACGAGAUCAUAGCCACCAUCAUCGUGGCGGUGGAAUUCGUUUUGGUAGCCAGCAGCUGACAGACAAGUUUCCAUAUGCGCGGCCGCCUUUCCUUCAGCUGAUGACACCCGAUGAGCUACGUGCAUCGGCUGAUCACAAUGUUCGACCUAUUAUUGUGCCCAGAGACAUAAAUUUGCUACCUUGGGGCACUGGAUAUGCAGAAUGUGUGAACUCUGGUAAAUCGGAGUGGAAUGAGGAUCAGGGAGCUUUCUGCAGGCAAGUGCUCUCGGAUCCGGAACAAAAGCAUCCGGAUUUACCCUACACAUAUUUCGGCAUUUUUGAUGGUCAUGCCGGCUAUGGAGCUGCUUUGGCAGCCUCCCAUCAAUUCCAUCACAUAUUGCAUGAGAAGCUAGUGGACUGUCUGGAUUUGUUGUUGCCUAGAGACACAAAUGAAAGCGGACCUGGUGGUGCUGGAGAAAAUGGCAAACUGAAUCCCACGUUUCCGCAUCCAAUUUACUUUCAGCGGCGUGUUAGUAAGGAUGAACUGAUUAUCGGUGCCUUAGAGAGCGCCUUCUUUCAUAUGGACUCGCUGAUCGCUCAGGACAGGGAUCGGUAUCGUGAUGCUGGGGGCUGCACGGCUUGCGUGUCCCUUUUCAUUGAUGGCAAAAUGUAUGUGGCCAAUGCUGGGGAUAGUCGCGCGGUUUUAUGCCGUCGAAGUGCAUUACCUGUCCAAGAAAAGGAUGAUCCUAAUGAUUCGUCUAUAGCUGUUGAUCCGCUGGAUGCCUGCUCUUAUCCGGUGCCCUUUUCUUCGGAUCACACACCCGAAACAGAGCGAGAGCGUCUCUUAAAUGUCGCCAGGCUGAAGCCAAGCCUAUUAUCCAGUUAUUAUGUGGCCAUGGAAUACGCCAAGCGUCCACAUAUCAAGGAUAUGGGUCAGCGGAUACUCUGCCGUCAAGGAUCCAUGAAGGGCUGGACUUACAAGACUCUGACCCGAGAAGAUCUUCGUAUGCCUGUGGUCAAUGGUGAGGGCAAACGAAGUCGCCUGCUUGGAACUCUGGGUGUAACUCGUGGCUUUGGUGAUCACGAUCUAUUGGCAAUAAAUACGGGCAUCAAGAUCAAACCUUUCCUAACCCCUCAGCCCGAUGUGCAACAGCGCGAUCUUACCCAGGUGGUGAGCAUACCCGAUGAGCACAACGAGGAUGGUGAUUAUGGGGUUUUAGUUAUGGCCACUGAUGGACUGUGGGAUGUUUCCGAAAACAAAGCGGUGGCCCGCACUGUCUUCCAUACAUUAAGUAAAUAUCCUACAGAGAAACAUCGAUAUACCAUGGUAGCCCAAGAGCUUGUAGCUAGGGCCCGGGGUAAAAUCAAUGAAUCGGGCCAUUGGCGUCUGGCUGAUAGUAAGGCAGCGGCCACAGUUGAUGAUAUUUCGGUGAUUGUUAUUCCCGUCUCUCAGUAUUACAAGGAUUAUGUCGAAUGGACAAAGACAUGCUCAAAGGAUCUAGAACAGCGAAGGCAACAGAAAAGAUCAGCUGCAGCAGCAUCAACAGCAGAGGCACAAGAGGCGGUCAACGUGCUCAACGGUGUCCUGGCUGAGGAGGCGCAUGUUGUCGAAGAGGAGCACGAAGAGGUUGUGGUCUUGGAGACCAAAGGACAUCAGCAGCAACAUCAUCAUCAUCAUUUGCAAAAUGAAGAUGACGAGGAGGAUGAAACUCUUGUGGUGGAAGUGCAAACGAGACUCGAUCAAGUUGAACUUAAUGAGGUCGAGGAGGACGAAGCGGAGGCCGAGCUUGAGGAUGGAGGUGAGGAAAAGCCGGUCACAGAGCAGCAGCAGAACAAAGCGAAGGAGCAAGAGGAGAAAAAAGACACGCCCACAUCAAAACGGCAAAAAGCACGCAAAGGCAAAGCCUAAAUUGGACAUAACAGACCAAGAGUAGAGUCGGCGUGUCCUUAUUAUAUCCCUAAUAUAAAUAUAUACACAUAUAUAUUUUUAUACAUUGAAACACACACACACACCCAUGCAUAAUUUGUUAAUGUAAAAUACAAAUAGCUAUAGCAAAAAGAUUGACGAUAAAAACGAAAAUCAUUCAAUUUUCAAAAAUAGUAAUAUUCCAAAAACUCUUUAUGUUAAAACUAUUUAAUUUAAACAAAAACAAAUAAAGAGUCAAGAAUACAUAAAUUCCAAAACUUUAAAUAUUCCACAAAAACAACAACAAACAGUCAAUUUGCUUUUAUUUUACAAUUUUUAUAUUCCAAUAAAAAUUGUUUAGAGCAGUUUAAACAAUUAAACAAAACAAGGAACAAAACUUAAUUUACAAUACAAGCCCAAAACAAAAAAAAAAAAACAAAUAAAAAUAAAUAAAAAUCAAAUCAAAUAAAACAAAAAUAUAAUUCCCACUAAACGGGAACAUGUCGCAGAUGUUUUCAAUUCGGUUGAAGUGAUAACCAAGAACUAGAAUACUUUACUAUAUACAUAUAUAUGUACUUUUUUUCUAGAUUAAUUUAUCGUUUUAACAUUUUGAAAUAUUUAUAUGUAUUAAUUUCGUUGAGGUUAUUAUCUAACCGAAUUGAAAACCCCCUAAAAGUUUAGUAUAUUAAGUUCGUUCAAAUGAAUAAAAAUAAUGAUUAAUAACACUAAUACAUAAAUCGAAUAAAAACAAAACAAACCUUAAUUGUUAUAUAGAGAAAAAGUCAAUAAAUUGAUUGAUUUUUACAAAAAUAAUAAUAAUGAUAAUAGUAAUAACAACAAAGAAACAAUAAAUAUGUGCAAAUUCUUUUCUCCAACA